AUGGCGACCAAAGGGUUUCUCGUUGGAGAUCACAGCAUUCGUCCUCGACGUGCUGUGAGGUAUGUAGCCAAUAAACAAGCAAGUAAAACAGCGAAAAGAAAGAAGAAGAAACCUGAAUGGGAUGUAAGUAGAAUAUAUGUGAGAUGCAUAAGAUAUAAAUUCAUAAGUUUACGAAAAUUUCACUCUUCUUGAGUGGAUUUCAUAUAAACAUAAGCUUGAAAGCUUAUGUUAAAAGCUUCUUUGCUUAUUUGAAGAUCGAUCAGUACGCUAGUAGAUUUUCCACGGUAUUAGUUUAAGUUCUUAUGUAAGUUAUUGUUAAGCGCACAAGUAAGCAUGCGUAUAUUCUGUAUGAUAAUUUUUCAGAAUACAGUAAACGACCUGACUGUGCACAGGGCAUCCAAGGAAGAACAGGUAGACUAUCUUUCUUUUUAUAGCUGAAAUUGGCAAGGUUAUAUUGCCCUAAGAACCAGUUUUUUAUAUCAGAAUUUCUCCUGACUAAAUUUCCCAAAAAGCUUUUAAUGCAAAAUUAUAUUAAUAGGGAAGCCUCUUCGAUGAGUAUGGUAUGUUAAAUAAUUUGGUUAUUUGAUGCUUGUUUUAAAUAGACUAAUAGUGAAAUACUUUUAAUGUUAAUAUUGUAUUCUUCCCUCUGUCCUGAGUUAAUAAGUGCUACUAACAUCAUUAUAAUUAUUUAUGCGUCUAGGAUAAUGAGCAACCUGUACAUUUAAUGCAUGAAUCUGAAGAUAAUUAUUAUUGAUGUGAUUGUUUUUGAAGCUCAAAAGACAUGAACUUCACAAAUCCAAGAAUACAACAAAUGUGCUGUUGCAAAGGCAGCUCAAAGACUCAAGCCUAGGUAAGGGAUUAUGUUAGUAAAAAAUCCACUUAUUUAUAAUUUGGAGGGUAACAGCUAGCCUGAGAAAACAGCUGAUAUUUCAUGAAGCCACCUCUGGACUCCCCACGAAAUAACGUCUGACAAACGAUACUGAUGACACGUCACUACCCAGAUCUGGGUAGGGCUUCUGAUUGGCUGAAGCAAAUUUCUCACGUGUCACAACCAGUCGGAAGCACUACCCAGAUCUGGGUAGUGAACUUUAUCAAUAUGGAAUUUUUGCAAAAGUUUGUCAGACAUUACUUCUUGGGGAAACCAGUGGUGGCGUUACUAAAUGUCAGCUGUUUUCUCAGGCUUGGUAAAAGCUUGUAAUAAAACCCUUGUUUUGCAUUUGCUUACACUGUAGAUAAGUAAUUUAAUGCCUUUUCUCACACAGUUGUAGAGAUUUUGUUAAUUUUUAGUUUUACAUGACUGUAAUUACAAUCAAUAUGCAUUUAUCCUUUGUAUUCCCAGACUCCACAUUGCAGACUCCUGAUUCAGUGGAAAGACGUAAACUUGCAAUCGUUCAAGAAGUUUUAUACGGCCAUGACAAGGUUAGCGAGAGAAAACAGCCAACAUUUUACGAUGUCGCCACUGGUUUCCGCACAAAAUGAUGUCUGAGCAAUGACAGCAGAAAUUCUAUACUGGUGACAUGUUACUACCAAGAUCUGGGUAGUGCUUCUAUGACCAAUGACAAUAGUAGUAUAAACAGGCCAUCAGUAUGGAAUUUCUGUAGUUGUUGCUCAGACGUCCCACUUUACGCACACCCAUUUAAUACACACACCUCAUUAUGGACAGUUUGCUUUGUCCCUGGGAAAAGAAAGCCUUUACAUUUUCUAUAAAUUCAACCUGGACAAGAGACACCCUGUUAAUAUGGACACUUUGUUUGGCCCUGUCAGUGUCUAUAUUAACAGGAUUUGACUGUAUUUUGUAUACUAGUCACAUAUGAGGGAUGCAGGGUUGUCAUUAAGAGCCGGGGGCCGGGGAUUUUCUCCGGCUACUAAGAGAGUGGCCCCCGGCUACUUUUAUUUGAAAAUAGAAGAAAAAUAGAACCAAAAGAAAUCCCUAGCCGUCUGACUGCCCGCCUACUUGUUGUAUUUACCCGGCAACUUGAAAUCUUAGUGACAACCCUGGGGAUGGGUGAUUAUAUCUGGUAUUAAUAAUACACUUAUAUUAUUACUUCGCUUUUUAUAAACAAGGUUUCCUCAUGAAUUUCUCAUACACUGUAACUUAUUUUCUCUUUAAUGUGUUUUAGUUUCAGGAUGUGCUCACAGAGUCAGAUAAGGCCAUGUCAGUUGUUAAAGAUUUGUUUGGUGAUGACCCUAAGGUAAUGUAUAUGUUGUAGUUAAUUAAUUUUUUUAUCUCAGGUAAUUUUUUUUCUUUUUUUUUGGAUAUGGUAAACUAUGCUAUAAAUGAAGUUGAAACAAAGGAAAAAUAAAAAUUACCUAAGACAAAAAAUUAACUACAACAUAUACAAUCAUGUUCACUUAACAAAAAGUAUUUUGUACUAGCCAAUAGCCAGAGCAAAUAGACCUGCUAAAGUGGAAUCUCCCUUGACUGAAUCUUUGAUUUAGCUGGCAUGUCUCACCAUUCUUGCUUAAUAUUUCGCGAUGGUAACUAAUGGUAUUGAGACUUCACUUUCUCAAUUCAAUUGCAGAAAUACAUGGGAUUUCCUAAUAUCACUGCUGCCCCAUCUCAUGUUUUACGUGGCAAAGAAAACAGGUACCCAACCAAAAAACGUAGCAGUUCCAUUGUUACUGAUUACGCUGUUUAGAUUUUCUUUAAUUUAUUAAUAAUCAUGACUUUAUCCAGACACUGUUUCUCUAGGGCAGUUGUAAAUCAUUUGACACAUGCUAAUCUAAGCGUUUAGCCCAUCAAGAAAGAGGAAGAGUUCUUGGAAAAUUUCCUUGUUUGAAAUUGAAAAGUUUGUGCUCUUGUUCUUAAAUCUAUCUGAUGGUCUGUAACAUCCAGCCUGCGUCGCAGACGUAAUUUAACCCUGGUCUAAUAGUAAUGUCUGUGAGGCAGUGCUGAUAUCCUUGUUCUGGUCCCCAACGGAUUCAACAAAUUACCAGGACUCGGAGUGCAUUUCGAAUUUCCUUCCAACAUGAUUGGCAAAUCAACAAUAGCUUUUUAACAGGCCAAUCAUGGUGCAUACACCAAUCUUGGUACAGCGGUGGAGACCCAGAACAAGGACUUUGGGGCUGUUUCGCAGAUGGACUUAACUAGAGUUUAAUUUCUGUCUGUAGUGCAGGGUAAUACAGUCCAUAGAGUUGACUGCUUUUCUUUUUGUUUUUCCAUGAUCAUAGUAAAUAAAUGCAUUUUUAAUUCACUCUUUAUAGGUUUCCAGUGGCUGAGCCUCCAGAAACACCAACUCAUCUGUCCAUGUUGAGUGAUUCUGUCAUGCGAACACCAGCAUUAAAUGAGCUUUCAGAUGACAACAAAGAAGGUGAAUAUAAGCACUAUUGUUAGCAAACAGACAAAAUAAAUUAUAAAGUAAAUUAUUUAAUAACACUUUAGAGGGCUUUCUUAUAGUUGAUCGCCAAACCGUCUCACCUCUAUUUAUCUUACUGCACUUCCUUGACUAAUUUUUCCAUCUCAUAAGCCCAUCUCAUAAGCCAAGGCUAGGGCAUGGUUGCCACAGGUCAGGAAAUGGUGUGGGAAGAAUGAAUUCUUCAAGCUAGCCAGGUCAGGGAAUUUUACUUCAAGUCAGGGAAAAUUUAAGUCUUUGAAAAAAAGUCAGGGAAAAGUGAGAUUUUAAGAGUACAUAUUUAUUCUUUUCACUCUACUGUUGUUGUUUUCUAACAUUUAAAAUUACAUACAAUUUUACAGACAUGAAUCACGUUGUAUUAGUAGAGUAUCAUUCACGAAAUUUAUAUUAAGGAACUUUUGCUGGAAGUCUGAGUAAAUGGGUGGGGAGGAUGGCUGUGCAUAAAUAAAUCAGGUGGAGAGGAUUGCUGUGAGGGAAUGGUCAAGUCCAUAAUCAGGACUAAUUUGUUAAAUUGUUGGUCAGGGAAAUUUUACAUUUGUAAGGAAAAAGGCAGGAAAUUUAAAAAACCUCUGGCUAUGGCAACCAUGCACUAGGGUGAGAAACAAUAUUAGAAGUGACCCUUCAAACAAUAUAAUUACAUGUACUGGGCAGUUUUCUCACUCUGCUGUAGCCUAAACAAACAUGAAAGUGACUAUCAAAUUUAUUGUAUAUAUUUUUACAUUGCUCUUUUUAGAUGAUGAAAUGGCACCAGGAACACCAAAUUCUCACGAAAUGCAUCAAGCAAGAUCUUACUUCCAACCGAAGCUGGAUCUUGAAAGAUUUCAGCAGUAUGUGGCUGAAGAGCAGAGUAGAUAUAUGGAACAGCCCGAACAGCCUCAUUUAAAUGGGUGUGGUCCUGACCACGUGGCAUUAAAAGAGCAAGGCUCUGACCAUCUGGCACUAUAUGAGCGUGGCAAUGACCAUGUGACAGGACAUGACAGCAUGUUGCCUGGCCCGGCUCAGGACAAACCUGACCUAUAUCCACAUGCAUCACAACCUUAUUUUUACCCGCAAGGAGCUGUAACUACAGUUGGUACAAUAACAAAUGACCAGGCCUCUGGGGCUUUCAUAACUAGGCAUGGCACUGACCAUGUGGCUCCACCUGGCAGCGUGGCGUCAAGAACUGAUCAUGCUAGUCAGCAAGCAACUUUUCUCAGCCAGGAAUCAGUGGAAAUUGUCGCAGGAUCAGGGCCUAGUGUUGUGAAUCCAGGUAUGGCUAGCCUUUACGUAGCAUGUCACCCUAUUUCUUUUCAUUUUCUUGUAAAAAAAAAAAAACGACAACAACAACAACAAAAAGCUCCUACAAAUUUUCCUUCCUUAUCCUUUUCACUUAAUCAAUUUUGGAGACUCGUAAUGUAGUGACUUUUGUUUUAUGGGGCAAAAUCGUAAUCUGUUGCCAUUCAAAAGAAACCAACCACUCUAACAUCAGGUUAUCUCCUCUAACUAGUACUAUUCAUUUUUUUUACUAUUUUGUGUAAACUGAAACCAUUAAGGGAUUUCACUGAAUCUUGAUUAUGUUUAUUGUGGUGUUCACUGCAGAGUCAACGACAAGCAACGGCUUUCAACCAAACUCAAGACCUUCAUCCAGGUAAAAACCAUGACUGUGAAGUUAGAAUACUUCAAAUGCAAAGACUCAUGACAAUAUUAUUGUCAUACCAAGCAAACGCUGUGAAAACAAAAUGUCCACAUUGUCUUCCCCUAGGCCAGUUGGUCUUCUUUGCAGCCGCUCAGGCUGGGGUCAAGUUGGGAACCCCAUGUUUAAUCAGCCGAUAGUUAUUAUGCUUGUACUCAAUUUAUACUACUGUAGCUGCACAUUUUUUCCUGAUUCAAUUGUGCAAGGCCUAGCUGUAAUUAACAGAAAUUUUAUGGUUAAAGCCCUUUUUUUCUAAAAUGGUCUUAUAAUAGUGUAAAUUUUUACAUUGUAUUCUCAAAGUCACAAAGAAAUAACUGAGCAAAGGCCCAGCAAAAUUGAGAAGGCAGCUAACAGUGCAGUGAGUCACAAACCAACACUGAAUUCUUCAGCAAGUGCAGGUGCAACUACCUUACGAAGUCUUGAUGACUUAAAAAAGGUGAGAUUUAUAUAGUACACUGUUUACAGGUAGCUAGCAUGACACCUGAAGGAGGAUCAUGAGGUUAUUGCUACAUUAAGAUCUAUCCUUACAGAUAACACACCCAUCCCAGAAAUGGUUGGUGAGGGUUCUUUUAUGUCCCACUGACAAGAACCAGAUAAGUGAAAGUGCUUUAGGAAUAAAGGACCUAUGUUUUUUGGUCGUUAUCAGAGAAGACUAAAAAGUCUAACCAAUUUGCAGAUGUCAUUACAAAUGCAGCACUUUCUUUUUAGUUAUUUAAUGUAAAGACCCUGAGUGUUGGUCUGGCCCGGGUUUGAAUUAUUACAUAAAAUGUACAUGCGAUAUGAUGAUAGGGCUUAAUUUCAUAGGUUUUUCAUACAGUGUCAAGUUAACGAUACUAUAAUGGCUUUCAUAAGGUUAAAAAUGUCCAAAAGGAAAUUUAGUAAAACCGGAGGUUUUCCCCCUUUUUUACUGACAUUUUUAAGUCAUCUUGAGGUGAGAGAAGAGUUAUUUUUGUAAUUUUGAGGUUCAGAGAGUUCUUAAAAUCUCCUCUGACAGAUGGUGGAACAAUUGGAAAAUGAGAUAGCAGCGUACGAAAUGGAAACAGGCCGACCACCAACUCAUGUUUCCACAUUGUCUGGUUCUGGAUCCUUCAGUGGAUAUACAGCUUCACUCAUCACUGCUGUCACCAAGCUGAUGGGUUAUUUGAAGGAGGUACAGAAUGUUUUAUUUAUCCACAGGGGUUUGACGGGUUAUGGAAAACCAGUAAAGUAAUCACAUUUAAUAAAUUCAUUUUCCAGGCCUGGAAAAUCAUGGUAUUUAAUUGCCACUUCUGGAAAGUCAUGGAAAAUAAACAUUUUGUUUGGUAGAUUAAUUACUGCAGAUGUCGAAGCAAGGAUAAUGUAAGAUUGAGAGGAGUAUUUAAAUAGUGCGAACAGCAACAAACCAGUCUGCAUUUUGUGUCAUUAAACUGAGUUAGGUAAAAAAAUACAAAUGUUUUUUUUUCUUCAUGGAAAGGUGUAAAAAGAAUAUUUUUAAAUUGAAAUUAAAAUGAAAACAUUGUCAUGCUUUUUUUUUUUUGUAAGUAUAUUUUUGGGGUAACCGGUUACUCCCAUGCUUUGGUUAACCUCUGUUUUGGAAAAAAGGUAGUUAUUAGCUCUACAUUACAUGAAGCCUUCAUUAUAUGCAAAGUAUUUUUUCUUUUUCUUAUAGAGUGAAAUUCAACGUAAAGCAGAAAUGAUCAUGAGAGAGCAAGUACUCCAGGGUUUUGAAGAACAAAGGGUUUUGGUCGACGCCUUGACCAAUGUAAGUAUUUCUAUCUUUGUGGAUGGACCCUCCUAAAAUUUAAAGUAUCCAUUACCAGCAGGUCAUGUUUAGUUCUACAAGCACAUUCAGCAGGAUUUUGCAGGUUUUUGUGGGACCUCAGCCUAGGUUUGAUCUAAGACCAUCCACUUGAUAUGGCCUUGAUAAAGUUCUUCACACUUAUUUAACAAAAUCUUGCCUCCGAUCCAAUAUUGCUCAACCACGGUUUUAUCCAGGACUACACACUCCAUACAUGGUCCAGGGCCCUGCUAACUCAGUCAAUGACCCAAUGAGCCAACCACAAUAAGUUGCUGGGGAGCGUCCAGUCCAUUAUCAGGACUAAUUUUUGAAACUGUCUAUUCCAUUGGUCAUGCAGGGAAAUUUUACACUUGUUAGGAAAAAAUCAGGGAAAAAUCAGGGAAUUUCAGAAACCUCUGGCUGUGGUAACCAUGUAAAUGUGAUCAUUCAUACUUUUCCCUCCUAUGUAGGAUAUACUUCACACUCAAGAGCAAAACUUGGCCUUACAACAAGAGCUUCUGGAGUACAGGAAAACCACAGAUGAACAGCUGCAAUAUUUAAAGGUAUCAUUUGAAUGCACAUGCAUUUAAUUUAGUUCACCUUUCACAUGACUUAGACUUGAGAGAGUUGAGUGGUAUUUCAUUUUAUUUCCAGAGAGAACUCUUUGCUGUUCUGAAGAGCCAUGAAUAUCAGGAAUUAUCAAGCAGUAUAAACACGCUGUAUAACUUGAACCCUGUGGCCUUGAAACGAGGGGCCUUAGAUCAGGCCAGUGAAAAUCAUAACUUGGAGUACCUGCCUAGGGUUCCAAUGCCCUGGGCUCAAAAUACAGCUCAACAGCCUCACACGCAUGGAACAGUUACAUCACAAGGGUCUUCUCACGGACACAACCAGCGACAACACAGUCAUAGUGACACUAUGAAACAACCCUCAUUCAUUCCACUUGCAGAUUCCCAGGGAUCACAUUCAUCAUUGCAACAGGUUAACCAGUCUCGAAAUCACCAUCUUCCAGUACAGUCAAAUGUUCAAGUCACCACAGGGAAUGCAAAUGGCCAACAACGUUUUGUAGCUCCGAUGUCGGUUCCUGAUCAUGAAUUACCCCACAAUGGACAUGCGACUUUGGUAUACAAUAAUAAUUCUGUUCCACCUAGCGCCAUGCAUUAUGGAGUGACUAGUAAUAACCAGCCAAGUUCAAACAUUGUCAUGUACCCACCCAGCCAGGCUCCCUUGUCUGUGCCCCAAAUGUCUAUACCUAGUGCUCCUGGAAAAAGACCUAGUGUUUUGCCUGUAAGAAAUCAAUCAACUCAUCACAGUAGUGUGGCUGUGCCCUUGGCAACGUCAACUGUCCCUCCAGUAAGAAAUGAAUCUACCUCACUCAUUAGUAGAAGUGAAGGCACGGGCACAGCUCCCUCUGGAAGAAGUGAACUGAUACAAUUUGGUGGCAUGGAAAUGUCCACUGUUUCUCAACCAAGACAGGAAUCAGUCCCUACAAGUAGUACUGUAGGGGUCUCAGGAACCUCCACAGCUCUUCCUUUGGGAAACAAACCUGUACAUGUCACUACAGUCACAUCUACAGCUCCUUUAUACAGUUCUCAUCAGCAUCCACCAGGGCAAUCUGUCAGCGGUACACUUUUGCAAACACAGUUUGGAAAGGCUGUGUCAAGGAGCUUGGAGCCAACACAACCAUCAAGUAUUUCACAAGGAGUCAGACUCACAACUGUGUCUGAAGCAGUGCCCCGUAGUGCAGCUUCUGCGCCAGGGCAUACAGUACAAGCUGUCAGUAUACCACCUGGUAAAACAUCUCAUACACUACAUCAGCAUCAGCACCAGCCUUCACAGCAAAAUGAUGCUGUGCCAUCUGUAAGACCACAACAUCCACUAAAGCCCAAUGGCUUUGCACCGUUUUCUAGAACAAUGGCUGGGAGUCUCCCUGCUGGUCAUCAGCUACGUGAACGGCUUCAGAACCUGGCAAACAGGCAGAAGACUCUGGCAGUUAAAGGUGAUCAGAAUGUUGGCAGUUUAGUGCCAGUUGGACAGGGAAAAGGAGAAACAAGAGAAGGUAAAGUACAAGGUGUCCACGAUCUUCAAAAUUCAUUUACGGCCAAAACUGUUUGACCUUGUUCAGCAUUGUGAAAGUACACCGGUAGAGUCCAUUGUUAGUCCAUUGUCUGCUGUCACUGAGAUUUCAAGUCGCCGCUCGCGAAAAUCCUGUGCGGCUCUGCACCCCCGUGACUUCCCACCAGCUAUGCAGGCUAAGUUGGCAGCAAUUUGCAAGUCUAUACGCAACUUGAUGGGUGAGGAACUGAACAUUUUAGUUCAAUUUUCCUAUUGUUUCCACUGAAAGUUGCCAGGGGCCACCCUCAUAGAGGCUGAUAGAAAUCCCACCCUCCUCCCCCCUUAGUGAUAGCCCCGAGUCUUUUCUAGUAUUCUAUAAAAAUAUAAAAUAUAAGACCAGAACCAGUGCUUACUCAGUCUCAUCACCCGGGUAAAAAAGAUGGGUACUGGCGACAUUACACUGUAUGUUGUGGAAAACCCUAACUUAUCAGAAUUCUAUCUGUAUCCAAGAAGCAAUAUCUCAAGUUUCUUGACAAUAAUUACAGUUACAGAACUUGUUGUAAUAUCUAGCUAUGUGGUCCCCUGUGUGAGUGCACUCUUGUUACUCUAUUGUUCUCAACAUAGCCUCGCAGGCAGGUCAAUAUACAUUUCAGGUAAUAACAGACUUUUGAUUUCCUCUUUCAGUGCAACUACCACGCCCAAGUUCCCCUCACGUUCACUUCAAAGAGCCUCCAGUUGCUGGUGAAGGGCAUGACACUGCAAAAGAACAUGGGAGGAAAUCUCCUAUGGUAUCACCCAUUCCACACAAGAGUGCUGUUGCAUCCCAGAGGUCAACUGUACCUUCUGAUAACAGGGUUGUGGUGAACCUGCCUAAUGCCUGGUCAGAUGUGUCAUCAACAAUCUCACUGUAA